GAGAAGGGAGGGGGCGUGGUGGGGGAGGUGAGGGGGAAGAACGGAAAGUGGAGGGAGCGAGCAUAGGCGGCUCCGCCAUUCUUUCCACAUCGCCUCCCUUCGGUCUCUCCGCGCCCAACUCCUCCGAUUCCUCCACCACCUUCCCCUCCCCCACAUAUCUAUAUACAUGGCUCCUUCCAUCGAAGGAAAGCGGCCCGAGGUGAAGUCACCAAUGAACACCACCUGCUGCAACCGGGAGGAGAUCACUCCCCGGUACAGGGUCACGGUGGUCGGCAGCGGCAACUGGGGCAGCGUCGCCGCCAAACUCAUCGCCUCCAACACCGUCAAGCUUCCCAUCUUCCACGAUGAAGUACGGAUGUGGGUGUUCGAAGAGAUACUGCCUGGUGGAGAGAAGCUGUCCAAGGCGAUCAAUCAAACUAAUGAGAACGUAAAGUACCUUCCAGGCAUAAAGCUCGGAAAGAAUGUGAUUGCAGAUCCUGACCUUGAGAAUGCAGUGAAAGAAGCAAACAUGCUGGUCUUUGUAACUCCCCACCAGUUCGUUGCGGGCAUAUGCAAAAGGCUUGUAGGGAAAAUAAAACCCAACACAGAGGCCAUCUCUCUGAUUAAGGGUAUGGAGGUUAAAACGGAGGGGCCAUGCAUGAUCUCGAAACUUAUAACUGAUAUGCUUGGGAUCAACUGUUGUGUUCUCAUGGGUGCUAACAUCGCUAAUGAGAUUGCUGUUGAGAAGUUCAGCGAAGCAACAAUUGGCUACAAACAAGAUAAGGAGGUUGCACAAAGAUGGGCUAGAUUAUUCUGCACCCCUUACUUCCUAGUAUCUGUGGUACAGGAUGUGGAAGGAGUAGAGCUCUGUGGGACUCUGAAGAAUGUGGUUGCUAUUGCAGCAGGUCUUGUGGAUGGCAUGAACAUGGGAAAUAACACAAAGGCAGCAAUAAUGAGGAUUGGUUUAAGGGAGAUGCGUGCACUUUCAAAACUGCUAUUCCCUUCUGUCAGAGACAGCACCUUCUUUGAAAGCUGCGGUGUGGCCGAUCUAAUAACAACUUGUCUUGGAGGGAGAAACAGAAAAGUUGCCGAGGCUUUUGCAAAAAGUGGUGGCAAAAGAUCAUUUGAUGAGCUAGAAGCAGAGCUAUUAGGAGGCCAGAAGUUACAGGGUGUCUCCACAGCAAAAGAAGUUUAUGAAAUUCUGAGUCACCGGGGAUGGCAAGCCAUAUUCCCACUUUUCACGACUGUACAUGAGAUCUGCAUCGGUCAGCUCCCAUCGUCAGCAAUAGUCGAAUACAGUGAGCAGGCGACAAAUUUCUCCAUUGUGGAAGGUCUUGCUCAGUACUGCUGAAUCCCUAAAUGUAUCUACUCGCAGAUCGACCACAUUAAGUCGAACUUCUGCAUGAACUUUAUGAAACCACAGACAUUUUUCAUUGUGGAAUCAAAACCACUUGAAAAUAUUAUCCCUUGCAUGCUAUCAUCAGUAAAUUUUCCUUGUAAUUUAUCGAAAGUUCUUUUCCCUCA